GCCCGUGUCGUGUGUCCUGAAGCCGAGGUGAAGGUGAACCGGGUCCGUCUCUGAUUCUCUGGCCGCCGCUGGAAGCUCCACGUCCCGUCAGCUCCUCCCGCACCGCUCCUGAACCAUGUCCGUCUUCAGCGACGUCCCGCAGGCCCCGCCGGUGGCCGUCUUCAAGCUGACGGCCGACUUCAGAGAGGACAGCCACCCUCAGAAGGUGAACCUGGGAGUCGGAGCUUACCGUACCGACGACUGCCUGCCCUGGGUGCUGCCGGUGGUGAAGAAGGUGGAGCGGCUGAUCGUGGAGGACGGCAGCCUGAACCACGAGUACCUCCCCAUCCUGGGCCUGCCCGAGUUCCGCUCCGCCGCCUCCAAGGUCGCCCUGGGAGACGACAGCGCCGCCAUCAAGGACAACCGGGUGGGAGCAGUCCAGGCUCUGGGCGGGACCGGGGCCCUGAGGGUCGGCGCAGACUUCCUGCGGCGGUGGUACAACGGCGUCAACAACACGGCCACGCCCGUCUACGUGUCGGCGCCCACCUGGGAGAACCACAACGGCGUGUUCGCCGACGCCGGCUUCAAAGACAUCCGGCCGUACCGCUACUGGGACGCCGCCAAGCGAGGCCUGGACCUCGCCGGGAUCAUGGACGACCUGGAGAACGCUCCGGAACACUCCAUCUUCGUCCUUCACGCCUGCGCACACAACCCCACCGGCACCGACCCCACCCAGGAGGAGUGGAAGAAGAUCGCAGAGGUCAUGAAGAGGAGGAACCUCUUUGUGUUCUUCGACUCGGCGUACCAGGGCUUCGCCUCCGGCAGCCUGGAUAAAGACGCCUGGGCGAUCCGCUUCUUCGUGUCGGAGGGCUUCGAGCUCUUCGUGGCUCAGUCCUUCUCCAAGAACUUCGGCCUCUACAACGAGAGGGUGGGGAACCUGACGGUGGUCGCCCGGGACAACGAGAACCUGACCCGCAUCCUGUCCCAGAUGGAGAAGAUCGUGAGGACCACCUGGUCCAACCCCCCGUCUCAGGGGGCGCGCGUCGUCAGCAAGACCCUCAACUGUCCCGAGCUCUUCGCGGAGUGGAAGGAUAACGUGAAGACCAUGGCGGACCGCGUCCUGCUGAUGAGGGACCAGCUGAAAGCCAAGCUGCAGGCUCUGGGCACCCCGGGCACCUGGGACCACAUCACCCAGCAGAUCGGCAUGUUCAGCUUCACCGGCCUGAACCCCAAGCAGGUGGAGUACAUGAUCCGGGAGCGCCACGUCUACCUGAUGGCCAGCGGCCGCAUCAACAUGUGCGGCCUCACCUCCAAAAACAUCGACUACGUGGCGCAGUCCAUCCACGAGGCCGUCACCAAAGUCCAGUGAAGGCCGGUCCCGCCCCCCCUCCCCGUCUCCCCCUCCCCCUCCCCGUCCCCGUCCUCCCUCUGCUGGAACCACAGCGUUUGGACCGGAGGGAGGACCGAGUCUCUGUCCUCAUGGAAGUUUCUGGGAGGUGCAAUGUUUCUGAGGAGACUCCUGAACGCACACCGCCGGUCACAUCCGGCCUCAGAGAGCAUAUUUUAUCCUGUGGCUUCCCAUCCCGUGCUGCCUUUUUUUAGUUCCAGUCAUUUGUGGUCACAUCCGAGUCUCCAUAUUGAUCAGGACGGGUUUAUUGCAUUGAUAAUGCUCCUCCUUACCCCCCUGUAGGCUCUCCAGACGGGUCUGAAGCACAUUUCAAUCUUAUUUUUAAUGUUUUUAGAGGGACGUGUGGAUGGUCUGCAGGGGAUAUAUUCAAUCAGCCAAAUGAGCUUCGGCCGCUAAAGUAGCCCCGUUAGCUAGCCCGCUAAAACCACUGAAGUGACUUAAAUUGCCAAACUGCACGAAGUGGUGCAAACAUCCGAAAGAGCUCAAAACCCUGAAAAAGUGCUAAAUUACUUUUAGCGGCUAAAACACCUGAAACUGCCGAAGCAGCUGAAUUGGCCUUAACGGGAAUAAAAUGUGUGUUUUUCCUCUGCUUUACCUUCAUUUGAAUGGUUAAAUAUGUUCUGCUGCUCCAGGUCAAGUGUAUUUAUUGUGAAGUGGUGAAAACUCCCGAUGUAGAACAAACCAGGCACUCCAGUAAUCCCUCGGUCGGGCGAUGCUGUGAUCUGAAUGUUUCCGGCCGAAGCCGAGUGUUUUUCCAUCGAUGCUCACCGUCUCUGCCACGGCCGCCCGACAAAGGUCACUUGAAGGUUAAACGCACGUGCCUCGUGUCCAGAGUGUUUCCUCGCAGCCGGGUUAAAGGUCGUGUCAGAGGGCGGAUGUCGUCGGCGUGGCAGCCUCUCCCCUCACAGCUGGAAAUAAACCUUCACCACUGAAA